CACAGCCAUACCAGACUGCUAUUGGCUAUUCCGUAGCCGGCGGCCAGACUACUAUCCGACGGUAGCCCUGCAGGCUCAAAACUCUUGAGACUAAGAAAAGCGAAAAAUUGGCUGUGAGAUUUCCGCUUAGCAACGUCUUGUUUGGCUCCUCCCUUAGUAACAAGGGACAGAAGCGGAGAAGCUGCAGCUAUGGCUCAGACAGCGGAGGGAGCGUUUGUUCUGCACGGGAGGAAAGCAGCCCUCAGAGAGAAGCCAUAUGAAUUUCUGAGCAAUACACAAAAGACCACGAGCAGCCAUAAUCUUAGCUUUCAAGGGUCUGCCAUUAACCGCCGAUCGCAUGGCAGCCAUUAUGGAGGACAGAGUUUUCUAAGUGAAUCAAAUGGCACAACAUUUGCACCAUAUGCUAAAGAGCAUCCUAGCAUUGAUGACUUGGAGGAGAAUUUGAGAAAACUCAAAGUCCAGGUGGAUAGUUUGGCCUCCAGUCUAAAUUUGGAAAGCAGCACAUCUGACUAUACAGAUACAUACAUGCCAGAAUGGGCAAAACGCGUGAAUGACUCAUCGUAUGGAGGCUCUAGUGAACGUGGUAUGGACUCAUCACCAAACUCUGAAUGGUUUUUAAUGUCAAAUCAUCUAAUCAAACCACAUGAAAACUAUUCUUCUGUACAGAGUUCAGAAUUACCAACAUUUUCAAAAUCUUCUUUUAGUAGUCCUAUUGGUGCCAUGGGAGGUGCAUUUUUAGAGAUGGCUUCUACAGCCUCACCUUUGACUUCAUCAAGCAUUGCUUAUGGAGAAUCCAUUCCAGUGAAGUAUGGGGCACCUCAUGUUGUUGGAGUCAGAUCCUUAUUACCUCCCAAGAUUCCUGUACGAUCUUGUUCUCCGGAUAGAACUAGAGUUUCUGUAGUUCGUGGAAGAUCCCAGUCUCUUGACCGCUCACACUCAUUUUCCCCUGCUGCUAAGAAAGCCCGAUGGCCUAGAUCACGCUCUCAAUCACCAAAACCUAUCUGGAGGCCAAAUUCUGCAAAAGCCAAUGCCUGUGGCCAGCCUCUACCAAGAUCUAAAUCCAGUGGCAAGACAUCAUCUUCCAAUCGGCAAUCACGUUCACGGUUAUAUAGACCUGGAGCUUUGAUUACUAGAUCCUUCACUUCCCCAAGGAAGAACAAAGGCGGUCUUGGCUAUUCGUGGACUCCUUACAGCAUUCCAUCAUCUUCUAUAUCAGCACCCUCUGCAGAAGAGAUCAGUGAAAGAUUCCUAAAGACAUUGACAGGGAGAGAUGUGGGGAUAGCUCUAGUGGAAGGAUCUCCCUACCAACAGGAGCUUACCCGGUUACGACUAGAGCGCCUUCGUGUGGAGGAGGAGUUACUGCUGGAGAUUAAAAGGCGGCAAGAGUUGGAACGGACAAGAGGACCAAAGCCAAAGUGGUACGAGAUGAAGAGUUCCCAGUUCCAUUAUGAAGCACGUAAGAAUAAUGAAUUGCUGAAGAAUACUAAGGAUUAUCAAUCAAUCUACAAUUACCGUCAUGAUCUGUCUAAUGCAUCCAAGGAUUUUCAGGAGCACCUAAAGAUUACACACUUGGAACCAGUAUAAUAGAAGGACACUCUGCCUGUCAGUUUCUGUCACUGUGUGGAAGAUUGGUGGAUGGGAAAAUGAGCAUUACACAAAUAUUUAAACAGGGAUUGGUGUGCUAGAUAAAUACAGGGAUUGGUGUGCUAGAUAAAUCAAAGUAAGAAUAAAUGCAUACAGUACUGCAUCUGCAGAUGUGUGUGACAUAGAGAUAGGUGUAUGUGGCAUAUUGUAUCAGAACUGUUUAACUGUAGUCAUUGGCUGAGGUGCUGAGGGGGUGGAGUUGAGGGGUGGAGUUAUAGGGGCCUGUGGAGUGUAUGGGAGGCAUAACCACUCCCCUAUGAUGCUGUGACCAUGCUCUUUAGUGAGCAUCAUCAUAGAUACAUACAUGACAAAUGGUUUAGCCUUGUUUUGGCCAGUAGCCAAUCCCCCCUUGUAACACUCAGGUCUGCCCUCAGCAGCUCUGCUCAUUGCUCUGGUGCUAUAACCCUGGGGGUGUGAUUCUUAAUCACUAGCCCCACAGCACAACUUGGAGGUGUUAUACAUGCUCAAGAGAGCAAAGUGGGACCUUCGUAGCAAUUGGGCCAUCAGCACUCUCUCAUGUAUGGGCCCUAUAGCAGCAGCAUCGGCAGUUCCUACACUGUAUGAACCUAAAAAGUUUUCUAAAAGACGCAGGGGCUGAAGCAAAGCUGAAUCUACACCCCCUUGCGGAGCAUAGCUUACAUGAAUUUGCAAGUGUGCACGCUCCAGAUAUGGGCACACGCAAUACAGGCAAUGCAAAGUGAUCGCAUCUACACUUAUGCUACAAAAAAGGUGAAAAUCCUUUUGGGCGCUUCUUGUCUAUUGUUGGCUGCCUUCUAAAUCCAAGAUUGGACCUAUCCCAAAAAAGAUCCAAGAAUUUGGACAGAAAAAAGUGAUUUGUGGACUAGAUGGCGCUAACGUUCAUGCAAGAGUGGAAAAUGUCAGGGAAUAGGAGUACUUAGCUA